UGUUUUCGACGAAUCAGUUAUUGGCUGGCCAGGAAGAACACGGUGGAGAGAUACCGAGGCACUGCACUGUGCGGGAUACACACAGGAAGAUGUUAUUGCCGCGUUGGGUCGACAGAGGUCAGCAUUGCACGGCGAGCAGACUGUUGCUGUCAACGGGGAACCUCUGGCACUGCCGUGUAAAUAAUGAGUUUACAGCGCAGGCCGCUUUGUUAUGUUCAGAGCAUUAGGCUGGUAUUGUAUUGGGUUAUUGCGGCUUGCCGGAUGACGCUGGUUCGGGUCCAUGGAGCAGGUUUCUGAGAUGAGCUCCGCUGUGGUGUUGGAUGCGCAGUGCGCUUCGUUGCUGCUGACUGGGACUGGGACCGCUGCUGCAGUGUAAACAAGACUGACCGAGGCUGCAGCACUGAUUUGUUUGGGAGAAAAUAUAAUCAUACUGUUCCGGUGAUUGCUGACGUUGCAGCUUUAACGAUCAGACUGCAGUUUCAUCCCCGCUACCAUUGUUUGUUUGUUUUUUUCAACGCGCAACGAGUUCAGUUUAAUUUCCGCAGGGGGAGGAAUUGGCCCGAGAGGUUUUCCUCUUUCCAUUAAACCGCGCAUCUGUCACUCUUUACAUCCGCUACUUUCUGAGCAAACACCAGAUCUGGUGUGAUUAAUCCGAUGGACUCUGCAGUUGAGGAACUAUCAACUCCUCCGAUCUCACCGCAAUGACUGACGGCCAGGAACCCCCAGAGGCUGAGGACGCGACUCAGUCCGGGAGCGCGACCUUGCCGCUCCGGCCACCGUGCGACCGCCUCCAGUGCAACAAGAGCAGCGUGUGCUCCCGCUCGUACUUCGUGGUCGUGAUGGUGUUUUUCCAUGUGUACAUCAUUAACGUUAUCGCGCUGCUCUUUUACGUGCACUACAGCAGCGGUCAGGACGACGCGAGCCGGAGCGGCGGUGCUCCCCCCGGUGGCCACCAGCGCUCCGAGUCGCGACGUCCGCCAUCAAAGCCCGACUUCCAGCGCGACGUUUCCCUGACGAGGAUAGAGGGAAUACGAGUGGGACAUGUCCAGAAGGUGUCACUGGUUCCCGGAAAAGUGCAUGAAAUGCGGACUCUGAGCCUGAAACCUCUGCUCUUUGAGAUCCCUGGGUUUCUGUCAGAGGACGAGUGUCGCGUGGUGAUGCAGCUGGCGCAGCUGAAGGGUCUCAUGGAGAGCCAGCUAAUGGUGCAAGAUGGUCAGGAGGAGCUGGCCAAGGAGCUCAACCUCAGCCCGGAGGAGAUCUUUAACCUCCUUGAUAUCAACCAGGAUGGACAACUGCAGCUCCAAGAGAUACUAACACACUCUCGAGUAAGGGACGGCAUCUGGCUCACACCAGAGAAUCUGAGAGAAAUCUACGCUGGGCUCAAAGCUGAUAAAGAUGGCAAUGGUUUGUUGAGUCUAGAAGAGUUCAGACUUCUGAGCAACGACGCCUUCCAGCGCUUCCUGAUGCAGCGCGGGGUGAAAAGGAGUCAGCUGGUGAGGAACAGCAGACACACGUGGCUCUACCAGGGCAAAGGAUCUCACCAGGUCCUCCAGGACAUCAAGACAAGGGUGACUCGCCUCACUCGGCUCCCGCCCCAUUUAGUGGACCUCAGCGAGCCGCUCCAGGUGGUCCGCUAUGAGGAGGGGGGGCACUACCACGCCCACCAUGACAGCGGGCCCGUCUACCCUGAGACGGCGUGCACACACACGCGCCUCGCGGCCAACACCUCCACCCCCUUUGAGACGUCCUGCAGGUACAUCACAGUUCUCUUCUACCUGAACUCUGUUGAUGGGGGCGGGGAGACCGCAUUCCCUGUGGCAGACAACAGGACCUAUGAUGAAGUGUCUCUGAUACAGAACGACGUGGACCUUUUGGACACCAGAAGGAACUGUGACAAGAGCAACCUGAGAGUGAAGCCUAGCAAAGGGACAGCCGUUUUCUGGUACAACUACCUUUCUGAUGGAAGAGGUUGGGUGGGGGAGCAGGAUGAAUAUGCUCUGCAUGGAGGCUGUGUGGUCACCAAUGGCAUUAAGUGGGUCGCCAAUAAAUGGAUCAACAUCGAUCCAGAUUACCAGCGGCAGGCUCGCUACCAACAGCUGGUGUCACAGCAGCCAGAGGAAGAGGACGAUGAAGGUCUGCCUGAGAGCACGGAGACAUCAAGUCCCAGCAUCCACCAAGACUUGUAGCUUAGAGACCAAAUUUAUACAGAAAUCUUCCUAGCCUUCCUCAGUCCUGUGCACAAUGUUUUUUCGUAGCAUCCUCUGUGGCCGGUACGUAGAGACAAGAUUUCUUCAGGGAAUGAGGUCACAAUGGGUUUAUGCAACAGUAAAGAGAAGUUUUUGGUAAAUAUUGCUUGGAUAUUGCUUAUUUUUUAUGUACUUUAUUAUUCCCCACGUUAGGAGUGUUGCACUAGAAACUCAAUCAAGGAGUUGCAAUUUAAAAAAAACGACGACGACUUUCCUUUGCAUGAUUCGUCUUCACAUGUUCUGCCGUUGCUAUGAGCAACUACUGCACUUGAAAAUUGAAAUGACAGUUGUAAACAUUUCAAUGUCCUACCUUGUUAUUGCUGCCAUUACCAAAAAGAGGCUCACACACACUCAGUGUGAUGCAUGUUGCCUUGUCUUUUCUCCUUGAAUUCAUGAUUAUCUCUUCUUGUAGAAUGACAUUGAAAAUGCACAACGUAUUGCUCAGAUGGUCAGGUUCCAUUUUAUUUAUUGUAUAUUUCUUAAAAAUGUCUCACACUCUUGACACCGAAUAAAGUUAAAUUAAGCUA